CCGACGUGCCCCACUCCAGCGAAAGUCUUGGCACUAAUUCCAAUUCCUCUCAACCUCCACUACUACCACACCUCUCCGAACAAUUCACCUCCCGAUUUACGUGUCCGGUAAACCAAAUAAUUCACUACUCCGUACGCAAUCACCUCCCCCAGAAUUCCCCUGACUCCCGGCUCCAAAUACCACUACUCGAUCGGCCCGCUAUUUUCCCAGCUAACAAGAACAACAACCGAAUAGGCAUCUACCAUGUCCGACUCCCGCAUCGAAGAACUCACCGACGAGCAGGCCCGCAAGGUCGAGCUCGAGGACCACGUGUCCUCCGAGGAGUCCGAGGCCGGUGACGUCGAGGGUGAUGAGCUCCCCGCCGGAUCGGCUGUCACGGUCCACUCGAGAAACGAGAAGAAGGCCCGCAAGCAGAUUGCCAAGUUGGGCUUGAAGCAUGUUCCUGGCAUCACUCGCGUCACCCUCCGACGACCCAAGAACAUCCUGUUUGUUAUCAACUCGCCCGAUGUUUACAAGUCCCCUACCAGCAACACUUGGAUCAUCUUUGGUGAGGCCAAGAUCGAGGACCUCAACUCUCAGGCUCAGGCGAACGCCGCCCACCAGCUCCGUGAGGCCGAGAAGUCCAGCAUCGAGGAUGACCUUGCUGCUGCCGCUGCCGAGAAGGGUAAGGGAAUCGAGGCCAAGAAGGUUGAGGAGGAGGAGGAGGACGACGGCGAGGAGGUCGACGACUCUGGUCUCGAGAGCAAGGACAUUGAGCUCGUUAUGGCACAGGCGGGUGUCUCCCGAAAGAAGGCCGUCAAAGCUCUUAAGGAGAACGAUAACGACAUUGUCAACUCCAUCAUGGCCCUGAGCGUUUAGGCUUUGGUUGGUUUUGGGCUCGGGACGGAAUUUGUGGAAAGGUAUCGAAAAUGAAAAGUUUACGGUUACCAAAAAAAGUUACAAGUCUUCGUGAUGUAGAACAGCCGAUUUUCGAUUAAGCUCUA